UCUCAGGUUUGGACUUGAAGACGGAUCGAGGAAGCAACUCGGGGAGCAUCUUAUGCCAAGAAGCUCAGCAGCAGCCCGCUUCUACUACCACGAGACUCUGUGCAGUUGUACUGUUUGAGACUUAGCCUGUGCUCUGUUAGUCAUUGUUCUACCAUCUACAAUAAAUUCACUUGAUCAUUGAUGCUGAUUCAACCGUCAAGCCUUAUUGAGAGACCAUCUUCAAUACAGACAUUAGAACUGAAACACAACGCAACGAUCGGGAAUCCAACGUUUGGUUUUCGUGACCCGAACACAAGAGGAGGGGGAGGACGUGAACAUCUUGAGACUUCGGGGUCAGAGAGACGUUGCGGUCAGAUUGAGACUUCGGGGUCAGAUUUGAACAUCACAUCUGUAAGAAGAGUCUAUUUGGCACCCUGACUGACGUUACCAACCCCCCAGCUGGAAGCCAGCCAAGACCCGCUGCAGUGAAGAAACUCCGACCAGGUUUGAGAGACAAUCUAAGACAUCAAGACGAUCAGAAGGAGAAGACCCGGAAGGCCAUGAAGACUUAAUUAGGUCUUGACAGUUUUGUAAGGACACCACAAACACAGAGAUCCAGCAGCUAUUGCACCUGGGUGAGGAAGGUCAAGAGGAAAGUGUCUGCUGUUUAUCUGUCUGAAGAUCGCAUACGAUCCAGAACUGCAACAUUCUGGCCUUGUCGGAGGCGAAGAGGGACACAAUCCACUCCAAGCAUUUAUCUUCCAUCAGGAGUGACCUCCACAGCCACGGGUGAAGCUGUCUCUGGUAAUUGUGGAGGAAAAACUGCAGAAGUAAAAGCUGUAAGACUGAUCACAAAUACAUGGAAAUACCAAACAGACACUUGAUGUGAUAUGUGCUUAUGACAAUAUGAUCUGAAUGAAACAACUGUGCGUGCGUAAUGUGUAUAUAAGUGCGUGCUGUAAUGCUACAUUUAGUCAGUGAUUUGUCUAAGGGUCUGAAGUGAACACUUAGAAUAGUGUUAAGCAUAUUUAGUGGUUGUAUAAACUAGCAAAUGGGCAGGGGAGUCUGAUCGAUAUAUUUUUACUGAAGACAAAUCAACAGUUAAAUUUCGAGAACGUGUUUAUUUGGAGUCAUAAAAUUUGUUGUGAAGAGUGACAUCAAGGGCAUUUCCAGAGUCUCUGCUGUGUUAGAAUUGGCAGUGUCCAUUGCAAUGCACUCUUGUGGACCAUAAAUUACCCAAGUGACUGACAAGUAAAGUUGACACAACAGCAGCUGUGGAAGAGAUCAAGUGGAGGAUUCCUGUGGUGUUGUUGAUUUUAACCACAGAGGUGACAAGAGAAGUGCAAGAAGCUGAACUACAAAUCAAUAAAAGGGGAAAUACCUUAACUAAUCCUGAGUGACUUUGAAAAACAAGUUAAGGUAAAAUAAAUAGACUUGGAAGACAAACCUGAUACUAAAAAGGACUAAAAAUGACUGACAUUGACUCAGUUCAGAUCAAUGAUCUGAGAUCAAUGGUGGGCACAUUUUCAAACUUUGUGAGAUCAAAGUUCAAGUUAGAUAAAGUUGAGAAUAAACUGAUAGCAAAGUACAACAUUAAGUGCGAAGGAUGUUUGUGGGCACUGGAUGAUUUGACGUGUGUGCUGGAGAGGUGGCAGGAAAAGACAAAUGAAGAUAAAAAGCUGGCAUUGAUUAUUUGGAAUCAGCUUCAACUGAGAUCUGAACAGUUUAAUAGGGCAGAAAGUGACAGGCGGUGUGAUGAUGAACAAAAGAAAUUCAAAGUCCUGGAGGAACACUGGAAACAGCUGUGGUGUAACCAGGAGAAAGUCCAUGCGCAGGAACAGGAAAGACUGCGGAGUGACCUGGAGAAAGUCCAUGCGCGGGAACAGGAAAGACUGCGGAGUGACCUGGAGAAAGUCCAUGCGCAGGAACAGGAAAGACUGCGGAGUGACCUGGAGAAAGUCCAUGCGCGGGAACAGGAAAGACUGCGGAGUGAGCAAAGGAAAGUUGCAGCGCUGGAGGAAGAUGUGAUGAUGCUAGAGUAUGAGUUGGAAAAGGCUGGAAAACACUGGGAGAGGAUUAAGGCCAGACUGAUGCAAGUCCUGAGAGUGCAGUUGCCUGACUGGCAGAUGCCUGUCCAAACCCCCCAAGCUUUGGUUGCCGUCCAAUUCAAUGUGCUGCGUGCAGGCACAUUUGGUCCAUCAGCACCCCCUGUUAACCUGGAGGGCGGUGACCCUGAUGUUUCUGAAGCUGACAGAGAGCUUUGUUUGUUUUUGCAAAACUUUGUGAGAGAAGCACUUCUUCCUAUAACAAUCCCGAAGUUUGCCACUGACAAUAACAUUAAGACGUGGGCCAAAGAGUUAAAACACCCACGAGUAGAGGGGGUGGAGACAUGGGUUAAGCUGCGCGGUAUUGCAGCAGUACAUCAGUUGCACCCUUAUGAUGGUCUUCGAAUUAUGGGCCUGCUUGUGAGUGGUACAGAUGCCAAUUGCCUGAAAGCAGCAGUGGAACACGCCCUUGGACAAGACAAGACCAAUUUGAAGAAUGCUUGGAAAGCACUAGAGGACUGGAUACGUGGAGCAGCAAAUGAAGCAAGAAACUGGUCGAAGAUAGAUGAAUGUGUGCAGAAAAAUGGCGAAGAGGUAAUAGACUAUGCAAUUAGGUUCAAAAACAUCUUUGUUGUUCAUUCCGGUAUUCCUGAAAUUGAUUCGUUGACUAUUUACGACAGCAAGUGUGGUAUUCUGAAGUACGAGUUUAUUAGGAAUUUGCUUCCUGCUAUUCGAAGAGCUGUGUAUGCCCGCUUGCCCCUCUGGGGGCGACAUGGGUUUUCAUUCAAAACAGUUAUAGACGCAGCCUGUGCCGUUGAGAUGGACAAGGAGAGAAAGCGUCAGAAUCAGAGGGCCCGUCGUCAAAGGAAGAAGGAGAGACUGAGAAACAUGAGAAACGAGUACAGAUAAUGAAAGGACAGUAGCAAGGGAAACAGCCACAGAGCAGGUGUCCAGAAUUCAACACGAUGAUGACAAUGAUGAUGAUGAAGAUGAUGAUUAUGAUGAUGUGGGCGUGGUAGCAUAGUGGUUAAAGAGUUGGGCUAGAAUGCAGUAGCCUGUAAAGUUGUGGGUUCAUUUCCCGGCUUCCACCGUUGUGCCCUUGAGCAAAGCAUUUAACCCCAAGUUGCUCCAGGGACAGUUGCCCUUGUAAUAUAAAUGACACAUGUAAGCCACUUUGGAUAUAAACGUCUGCUAAAUGAAUACAUGUAAUGAAAAUGUAAAUGAUGAUGAUGCUUACGAUGAUGACAACAUUGAUGAUGAUGAUGAUGACUAUGAAGACAA